AGUAAACUACACAUGAAUAUAAAAGACAUAACAACAAAGUACAAUUAACUAUUCAACUGCUUUCUAUUAUUAACUGUCGCAAUGCAAGCUCACCCGGACACUGUCAAGAAGGGCUGCCUCAAGUACAAGGCCUCAAGGAUAAAGGGACGUAGUGCAGUCACCGUUACACAAGGGCCCAAGACAUCGUACAAGGAGUUGUAUGUUGUGUUCAGAGCGCCCAGUGGAGCCGAGAAAUUCCUCGACUUCUACCAAAAUGAUCGGAAAUAUUCAGAAAUGGGUCCUCCAAAGUGGACGGUUGACUUAUCCUCAACACUCAGUGUGACUAUCUUGAACGACAAUCGAGUGUGUUUCUGUCUGGAGCUGGAUGAUGGUGGAGCGUGUUUGUUUGAAGCUAAGACCAUGGAUGAAGCUGAAGAGUGGGUGGCAUGCUUCAAUGCAGUGCUAUUCAAUAAAGGCAUGCAUGGAGCGAGCAGUCUGCACUAUCAGGUGGAGCUCUACCAAUCAGAGCGGCUUGAAUAUCAUGGCCCCGCCUACUUGGAGUUAGCGGAGGGCUACCUGGUAGUGUGGACACUCAACACACAGGAGGAGGUGGUCAAGUGGAAGCUGUCUCACAUAAGAUCAUUCAAGGCCAAGAAAACUGUGCUGACCAUAUACACAGGAAGCCGCAGUGCUACUGGAGUUGGGGAGUUCCACUUCAACAGCCCUCUGAGUGUACAGAUCACGCACGCUAUAGAGACACUGGUGGCAAGACUCAAGUCCAAAAAAUCACCACGUCAGACUGGAGCUAGUGCCAGCAGCAGUGGCAGUAGUAGGCCUCCCACAAGGCCCCUCCCCCCUGCCCCGGAGUCUAUUGAUGGAAUGCCUGAUCUACUAGAGCACAGUGAGAAUGUACAUCGACUGCGCACUAGUCUUGCUGAGAACAUCCCCAGGCACAAUGCUCUCAGUGUGUACGAAGACCCAGACACUGUGUCCAGACAGCAGCAACCCUCUCCUCCUAGACGUGGGGGUUACGAGGAAGUCCCUGAUGGUCCUGCUCCUAACGAGCCAGGGGUAAGACGGAAACCCUCCCCUCCUAGACGUGGGGGUUACGAGGAAGUCCCUGGUGGUCUUGCUCCUAACAAACCAGGGGUCAGACGGAAACCCUCCCCUCCCACUCGUGGGGGUUACGAGGAAGUCCCUGGUGGUCCCUCCACUAACGAACCAGGGGUCAGACGAAAACCCUCCCCUCCCCUCCCACGAGGAGCGAGGGAACUAACACCACCCAUAUAUUCACAAGUCGAUAAAAGUGCUAAGACAAAAUCGAGACCACCUUCAGUACACAAUCGGACAUCACCGCCCAGGGAACCUUAUGGACAGCUGAACCACUUCUUGUCAGACAGUCCUACACGGCAGGAGUAUGGCAAGCUCGUUCACACUAACAAGCCACCGACGUACCUCGAUGAGGAGUAUGGACAUUUAGGCCAUGGUGCCCCCACCAAUACUGGAGCUAGUGGCCAUCAACCUGAGGAGUAUGGCCGACUUGAACAUGCUGUGACAACACCUACUGUGGGCCAUCAACCUGAGGAGUAUGGCCGACUUGGACAUGCUGUGACAACACCUACUGUGGGCUAUCAACCAGAGGAGUAUGGCCGACUUGAACAUGCUGUGACAACACCUACUGUGGGCCAUCAACCUGAGGAGUAUGGCCGACUUGGACAUGGAGCAGGGACAGUUGGGGGCUACCAAUCUGAGGAGUAUGGCCGACUAAACAGAAGUAGAGAAACCUCUCCUAAAGUAGCAACACCGCAAACAGAAGAGUAUGGCCGACUAGGCCCUGCAUUCGAUCCAUAUGGCACUCUACUCGGUGAAGAUUUGGAAAAGACGUUGAAAAAUGGAGGAAAGACUCGAGUUCGUGGCUAUGAAAUGAUGGAGUUCGAUGAGGAACAAACAGCUGACGAUGCAAUUUAUAGCGCUGUCGAUGACGAGAUUAAAGUAUCGCCAAAAAAGGAAGUUUCAGGCCCACCCCCUGGCUAUGAGAACCAUGUGUUGAAGGUGACUGCAGCUGAGAGAGCAAGCUACAGUCGCUCGUCCUCACAAGAUGACAAAUCACCGACAUCCUCACCCAUACCACCGCAACGUAGUGUCAAACACAAAUACGUGAAUGUGAACAACGAUGGUACAGUGAAGCUUCCUCCAGCACCGGGAGUAGCUCCUAGGAGGUACAAGUCUAAUGGAGUAGCCUUGCCAAAUGAAGAGAAAGCAGUCAGUGGACUCCACAGAGGGCGAUCGCUUGAAGAGUCCUCUCCCCCUCCCCCGGCACCACGGCAUCGAGCCACAGUUCACGCUAGUAGAUACUCCCCCCCACAGAGUAGACCCCCCACAGCUAGUAGAUACUCCCCCCCACAGAGUAGACCUCCCACAGCUCCUAAACCAAAGCCAAAGCCUGGCUCACAAUAAAGUGUGCGUCUGUUGUUGUUAUUCAAUUGUUGUUGUUCAAAUUAUCCGAAAUGUACAUGUUUAUGUUUGUGCUAAUUAAUUAUGGUUUGCAUUGAUUGUCAUUAUAAUUUGUAAUCAGUCGAGGUUGAGUUAUCAAUAUAUAUAGUCAAUGUGA